UUAAAAAGAAUUUCAGAAUGGAUGGUUUCAAGAAGAAUCAUUCAUCUCCCUCAACCAAGCCUUCUUCAAUUCCGAAGUUCUCUUCUCCUGAUCUUCAACCAAGAACUUCUUAUUCCAAAGACGUGGGAAUGAUUAACGAGAACGACCAGAGCGCUCACCAAAUGGGCUCAAAAUUGCAGAGUCCAAAGAAUUUCAUGUCACCCACUAUUUCCACUGCUUCCAAGGCUGCGUCCACCAAAAAGGUCUUGGGCGAGCGGAACGAACCGUCUAGAGCGAUCAUCUCUGCUACCCAUGUCGAUAAAUCCCCUAUUUCAAAUCAUAGGUCGGCUUAUACAGAUAUGGGUUUUAAUGAUCUGGAUCGCUAUUCAUCGCUUACCCCAAAAAUAUCCUCUAAAGUUUCUGAGUUGGACCAAGAGAAUAUUUCUGCUGCUAACCCGUCUUCCCAGCCUUAUGAUCCAUUGACGAAUUACUUGUCCCCUAGGCCCAAAUUCCUCCGGUACAGGCCUAACAGGCGUCAUGAAUUUCUUCUUCAUAGAGAGAAUGAACUGACAACAGAGGAGAAAGGGUUCAAACUCCAGGGAUCGGUUGAAGAGGAAGAUUCUAAUCAAUCAAUUGAUGCUGAUGGGUCAUCGUCUUCUUCGUCAGGGGAGGUUUCCCUAGAACAAGAAAGCAAUCCCAGUGACGAUGAUGAGGACAUGGAAGAGUUUGAGGUGCAUAAGAGGCAUUGGGAUUUUAACAAGGUAUUCAAAUCUCUGCUUCUCCUUGGCAUUCUAAUCCUUUCCACCAUGUAUAUCUCUUCUAUGAACUCUCCCACGCCUCCACCCUAUAAUCAAGCACUGCAAGAGUUCAGAGAAUACUACCAGAAGGUUCAGGAAUUUGUUCUCCGAACAACUAUGGUGAAUAUUGCGCCGGGUAGUAGUUUCUUGGAUCAAGAACAUGAAAACUCUCAGGGUGUAACCAAUCGAAACGAGACAGUUACUCCUGAGGGUAUUCAAGAGGAGGAGAUGAUAUGUAGCAUUGGAAUGCAGGAAACAGGGGAAAGUUUUGAUAUUGCAAUUGAAGUGUUAGACCUUCAAGUUAGAGAAAACAUGGAGGUCUCUGACAAUCACAUGAGGAAAGCAGGGGAGAAUUUUUAUCAGUUGGCUGAAAAGUUGGAGCUACAGCAGUUAGAAACUGACGCACACUCAGUGCCAGAUUCUCAGACCCAAUUCAUGUCACAUUGGGUGGACAAUCAAAUUGCAAGUUCAGAACCAGUUAUGGUUGAGCAAUGGAAAGAUGAAGCUGUGACUGAAGCAUCAGGGGGAGCUGCCAAUGAACUCACUCUAAAACAGGAAAUUGAAGCACACUCAGUGCCAGAUUCUCAGUCCCAAUUCAUGUCACAUUGGAUGGACAAUCAAAUUGCAAGUUCAGAACCAGUUAUGGCUGAACAAGAGAAAGAUGAAGCUGUGACUGAAGCUUUAGGGGAAGCUGCCAAUGAACUCACUCUAAAACAGGAAAUUGAUUGGUGGAGAGAAAGGGUAAAUAAAUGGAUGGAGGAAGUUGAAAACAUUUCUGGGGAGACGAAUAAAAUGUUUGAGCUACUGGACACAGAUGAUGACGAGAGCAGCCAAGUGUCUCAAACCCAAUUGAUUUCAGGUGCAAAGGCUAUUGAAUAUACAGCUUCUGAUAUUCACAAUACUGAUGGCACAAAGGUUGAUGUAGAGGAGGAAGAUCAAAUCAAACUCAUGAAAUCUAAGUUCAUUGCCAUGGCUGCUGUUGGAGUGUCCAAGAACUAUGAAGCGUUCGCAGUUGAGGGUUCAGUCAUCUUCUGA